UCAUCUCCCGUUGGGAUAUAAAAACAGAUAUGAAACAGCCACCUCCACACUACCACGUCGUACUAGACAGUGUUAAUUAAAAGUGUACUGACACAGGCCAAAACUGAAAACCAUGAAGGUUCACCUGGUCCUUGCAUUGGUCGUGUUCACAGGUUGCCAAGCCAACCUACUCUAUGCUGAUGAGCCCAAGCCACAGGUGGAGCAGUUGACUGAUGCCUUCCGGAGCUAUUUUACCCAGGCAACUCGCUCAGCAGAGGAAACCAUCCAGAUGAUUAGGACCUCCCAACUGGGGCAGGAAGUUAACCAGCUUGCCAUUACCCUCAAGAGCCAAAUGGAUCCUCUGGCUGAAGACCUGAAGACCAAAAUCACUAAAGGGGCUGAAAUGUUGAGGGAGCGUGUAGGUGUGGAACUGUACACUGUGAGGUGUGCACUAAAGCCCUACUUUGAAUAUGUCAUCACUGAUCCAAUUAAGAAGGGAGUGGAUUACCUAAGAUCUCUGGAUUCUGAGACCCUGAAGGACACUCUGCUCCACAGUAGUGAGGAACUGAGAGGGAACCUGGAACAGAGCGUGAAGGAGCUGCAGGCGCAACUGGAGCCCUAUUCUGAAGGCCUGAGGGAAAAGCUGGAUCCCUACACCCAGAACCUGAAGGCCCAGCUCACCUCCCUCUACGAAUCCUUGACCAAGAACAACUAAAUCUUUUGAAGACUUCUUUAAUUAUUAAAGAUUAUUUUUGUAUAUUAAUUAACAUUUUGAAUCCAAAAAUGAAGAUAUAUUUUAUUAUACUUUUCAUGCACUCAGUCAAACUACUGUUCUGGUCUGUCACCAAAAGCUUAGAAGAAAAAUACACAUACAGAAAAUUUCUAAAUAUUUCUGAAUCAACUACAUUCACAGUUGUAUCGAUCAUCUUUGCCUUUCCCAUGGUGUUAGUUAAAUGUAGGAAAUUUGUUUUAGAAAAUAACGAAAAAGAUGCUUCUUGAAAGAGCUUUUAAUUUUCUAUAUGUAACUAUGAGAAACCUAUCAUUCACUAACACAAUGUUUUUUAAAUAGAUUGGAAGAUUUGUUAUAUAUUCUAAUUAAUAAACCCAAUAAAUGUCUGCAGAAAAUAA